AUGGGUUCCAAAACUGAAACAUCCAUUGCCCUUCUCCUCUCCCUUAACAUCCUUUUCUUUUCCAUGGUUAGUUCCCGCACCCCUACUACUCCUUCCCCUUCUCCUUCACCUUCACCUUCUCCUUCACCUUCACCUUCCCCUUCAUCUUCUCCUUCACCUUCACCUUCUCCUUCCCCUUCACCUUCCCCUUCAUCUUCUCCUUCUCCUUCCCCUUCUCCUUCUCCUUCUCCUUCCCCAACCCCAACUCCUACUCCUACUCCAACCCCAACCCCAACUCCUACUCCUACUCCAACCCCUAACCCUACCCCUCCACCUCCACCUCCACCUCCACCUGCUCCUGCUCCUGUCUCCGUCCCACCGCCACCAACCGAUUGUCCCACGCUGGAUGCUUGCAUCGAUCUUUUGGGUGGAGGACUUAUCGGGACUUCAUCAACUGAUCAAUGUUGCAACCUCAUUGAGGAUCUUCUUGGUCUUGAACUCCAGUCGUGUAUUUGCGCCCGAAUCAAACUCUUGAACGAAAUAACUAUCAACCUUUUCUUGCAACUAAUCGUCAACACCUGUGGACGAGAGUUCUCCAACAGCAGUUGCAAUUAA